AUGAAUGCAUUUUCAGAUCUGUCCCUUUAUACUGACGUUGCUGUCACUGUUGCCACCGCAGAUUCUGCCGCCGUUGCCGUCGCAGUAUAUACCGUUGAUGCUACCAUAGUUGUCGUGGUAGUGACUAUAACGGUUGGUGUUGUGAGUGUUGCAGUGGGGAUUGGUCUUCCAGUGUUCUAUGAGUCUCAAAUUGAUAAUGCUGUAUACAUUAAUGACCAUGGCCUUGUGAAAAAGUAUAGGGAUCUUCAAACUCAUAGACACAUACCAUACAGGUUAGUAUCCUCAUUAUUUCAAGAUAUUAAGGUUCAUUAUUUAAGUGAAAACUUGAGCAAAACAAAGCAUGUAGUAUUAAGGUUCAUUAUUUUGGAUCAACAAUAUUCCAAAACUAGUAGUAGUGAUCUUGAAAAGAGCUUGUGGAACUUGAACCCCACAUUCUGCAUGAACCAGAAUAUAGAAAGCAUGUUUGGACUUUCAGAUGAGGACAUAAUAAGCACAUUUUGGAGCAGAAUAAUGAGAGAGGAAGCAAAGAUUCUUGUAGAAGAAGAGACAACAACAACAACUACUAAUACCAUAUUAUCAGGGGAAAUGGAAUUCAUGUACAAAAGAUUGGAGCAUGAAGCAGAAGAAAAGGUACAAGCCCUGAAGGAGAUUAGAGAGACAGUGAAUCACAGGAAUCAUAUAGAUGGCAGUGUGAAAUUGAUUGGUACUUCAUUAUUUAGCUAGCUUUAGAUUCAGCACUCAUUCCAUGGUUAGUACCACCAUUGACAAUACAUUUGGUUUUUGUAGAGCAAUUAGUAAUUGACUCUCUAAUUGAUGUCACUACAGUAGAAGGAUAACUUAAUAUUAGUGAUAUUUAAGCAUAGUAAGAAGUGUAUUAUUUUAGUGAUUACUAGUUUACAGAGGUUUACUAGUUUA